AUAGAUAAGUUUAGUAUUAUAAAUUUUUAUUUAAUCUUGAAUUAAAUAUUAAUUUAUAUAUAUAUAAUAAAAUGAACAUUACGCACUUUUUAAUAAUUUAAUUAUCUGUUGAAUAUGUGCUACAUUUUAAAUGAAGACACAAAGGCCAAAGAUACAAUGUGUCAAUCACAAUUUGAUUGAUGCUAUCACAAAAAUGCAAAGUUAUAUUAGUACGUAAUUAUCUACAUAAUAAAUGAUGAAGAAUAUCAGAAUGCAUGUUACGAAUAUCUUUAUCGGAUGUUAAAGAAUGGCAAAGAACAACAACCAAUAACUUUAAUGUACCACUUAAAUUUUUCAGUAAUAAUUUUUCAUUUUAUUUUAUACAUUAUCUUCUGUGAACUUUUUUAUAUUUGAAUAAAAUUCGUGCUUAUUCUUUUCGUAAAAUAUUUGCUAUGUAAUAGCGUAAACAGUAGUUUAAAUAUUUGAAAAUCUCUAGUAUUUUUUUAGUGAAAAAUCGAUCACAAGAGGAACGAACCAAUAGUAUCGAGGUAUGUUUCGUUUUCAUAUAGCGCGUUGUAGGUUCUUACAAAUGGUGUGGGGUUAGAAUAGGAGUAGUAUGAAAAUAUACGGAAAUUAUGUCCGGUAUUCCACGUUAAUGAAUGUAUUGUCAUAUGUUUGAUACUUUUAAAUAUCAAAAUAAUAAUAGAAUUUUAAAUUAACCGUAAUCAUUGUUAGCCGAAUAAUAAAAAUCUAUUUAGAUUAGAUUUAAUCAUCUAUAUUAGCUAGAUUGAUAAUCAAGAUGUCAGAACAAUUUGUGGGUUGUACAGUUUCCGUAAAGUGUAUCGAAGAAGUUGGAACUUAUCAAGGACAAAUAGUGGAUUUAAAUAAGGAUUGUAUUAUACUUUCAAAAGCUUUUUGUAACGGAGUUCCUCAUAGUUCACCUAUAGUUGUAUUAUGUGCGAAGGAUAUACUGAAUGUAGAGUUUAUAUCAAUUAAUAAUAUAGGAUUCGACAGUAGUGAUACGAGUGAUAAUAAUCAAGCACAGAAUAAUAUAACUGUAAAGAGACCUAUUGCCAAAAGAGCUGGUAGAUCAUUUUCCGAAAGUGUUUCAUCUUCUGUUCAAUCCACAUCAUCACAAACGCAAACUAAUAUUAAGAAGCCAAGUAAUAAUUCUCAAUCCACAAUAGAACAAGCUGCAAAUGGGAAAAUUCCAUUAGCUGAAUCUAUUGAUAAACCAAUGCAAAAAAAAUUAAGUAGUAAACAAAGAAAUGAGCACACAUUUGGUACUCCAAUUGAUCAAUCCUUGAGUCAAGAUUUUGAUUUUGAAAAGAAUUUAGCCCUAUUUGAUAAAGAGGCUGUGUGGCAAAAAAUAAAUUCUUUAAAAUCUAAGAAACAAAAGCAAGUAAACUAUAGGCACGAUGAAAAUAUUAUUGUGUCUGAACGUGCAGAUAUCAGACAGAUACUGGUACCUAGUGCUGGUGAAAUAGAAUAUGUAACAGACAAUGGUUUAAUAAUUCCUAGCAUAACACUUAACCUUCAUCGUCAAUUAAUAGGAGCAGCAGAUAGAUUGGGUAUUAGUUGGGAGCGUAGAGUGGAACUUCUUGGUCGUGCCGGUACAGAAAUUAUAUUGCAACUGUUAGGAGGAAGCCAUCGACUUAAUCCAAAUAAUGCACACCAGUGGCCAACGAUUAUUGCACUUUGUGGACCUCAUCGUUCUGGUGCUGCAGGUGUUAAUUGUGCUAGACAGUUAUCUAGUCACGGCAUUAAGACAAUAGUGUUUGUAGAAAAUUCCGAGGAUGUUUUUCUCCUACAAGAAUUGUCUUUGUACAAGUUAACAGGAAACAAGGUAGAAACUAAAUUUAAAAACUUGCCAUCAGUGGUGGAUUUGAUACUUGUAGCACUUUGUGACGAGAACUCACCAAGAAUGAUUACACCUAUAGCAAAAUGGGCAAAUAAUAAUAGGGCGCCUAUUUUAGCCAUUGAACCACCAGCCACAGGAACACCUGGUAUUCUUAGUAAAUGUAGCCUGCUUGGUGGAUUACCAUUAUCUCAUAGUGUUGACAAUGGCAAAUUAUAUUUAUGUAAUCUUGCACUGCCAAACGAAGUAUAUGCAGACGUUGGUAUAACAUAUAGGUCUCCUUUUGGACCAAAAUUUGUCAUUCCUUUGCAUUCCAAUAAUUCUUAGCAAAUUUAUAAAAAGGAUGUUAUUUCUCAUAAGAUGUUAUAAUUUAGUAUAUUUUUACUUGUAUGCCUUGCUAAUUAAAGUUUAUACUUAAAUGGCGAAGAUAUUGUCAGAAAUUAAUGAUAAAGAUCAUGUAUGAUGUAGCAUUUAAUGUUAUAGAGAUGAAGUGUAGUUUAUGUAGGAACAAUUAUAAUUUGGUGUGCAAAGCCAAUUGUGUGUAAUUGUUCUUUUAAACGUGUAAGUAUACAAUGUAUACAAGAAACAAACAUAUAAAUGAUAAAUAUACAGUGUUUGGUUUUGUAAGUUACAUAAAAAAAAAUAAAUGCUUUUAAAUAAAAAAUAAAUUCAAGUAAAUCUAGUAUAUAAAUUUUUAAACGUUAUGAAGCAUAAAAACUACAAAUACUAAUUGUAUUUGAUACAUUUUAACAAGUAUGUUGUUUCAUACUAUAAGUAUAUAAUAAGUACAUAAUACUAAAAGUAUAUGGUAUUCCUGUUACAAAAAAAUAUAAUCGUACAAAUUUUUUUAUACAUAUGUGACUCAUUUUUAUUUAUAACAUUGGAACAAAAAUUACUGCUGAUCAUAUUUAGAUGAAUUUAUCCCCCAAAUUUGACAGGAAGAGAUCGUCUAUUAGUAGAGAGAUGAAAUUUUCUUUAUACAUAUUUUUCAUAACUUAUGAGAGAUAUAUUAUCAUAAAAAUUUGUAAAAUUUUUAUUUACAAAUUGUUUAUAAUUAAUCAUAAAGUUUAAAUAUGAGACAAGAAAUAUUUACAUGUCUUCUAUAAUAUUCGGAUUCUCUUUUAGCUCCUAUUUAUUUUUGUAAAGUUAAGCAUGGAUUAAAAAGUAUUUUUAUUACUGCAAUAAAAUAUACUUGUGUCACAACAUGUCCGUGUUCACUGAAUAAUGUAUGAAAUAUGGUAGCAUAAUUCAAAUAAUGAGUUGUAAUAGAAUGAUUGUAUAAGAUUUACUUUACUCAUAGGUAGCUUAAGUAAGUUAUUUAUACUGUACAUGUAAAUAUAUAUUUAUAUAUUUUGAA